UACACGCUGAGCGACCUCAUCGUGCCAUAAAUCUAUCUGUCCACGCGGUGGAAUUUCCGCACCAGACGCCGGUGUCACCAACUCAGGGGCUUGUACCAACUGUGUCACUGGUGCUCCAGCUUCUCAUUUGCCUACGGGAGAUCUUCCUAUCCAUCGGUUCCGAAGCCAGCCUGAACUCCUCGAGCCAUCCCAAUUGUGCCAAGGAUGGCAACAUCAUUCGGCAGUACCUGGCGGCAUCUUGAAUCUGAGAGAUUGUCCUAUAACGUCGCCAGCUGCAUCAUUCCCCCCCCUGUACAGCAGAUCCCGCCGCGCCAUCAUUCGUAUCGGAUGAUGACGAGUUUAGGCACAAGGGUCCGAUAUGCCCACAGGUUCUUCUUGAAUCUCCCUUUGUCCGAACAGACGAAAUCAGCAAGGCGUCAGAGCCUGGUCAAAAAUGUUGAGGAUCAGCUCCUUCGACUUCCGUGGCGAAAACGGACGAAACUGACUGGGAGGACACGAGUGGAUCUGGGGAGAGAGCCUGGAGCGAUGCGGAGCAAGACCUGUCACACGGGGAAGUGGACAAUCGUCCUCCUUGUGUCCCUCGUCAACGGUGAGUCCUUGCACCAGCCAUCUAUAUAUUGUCUGCUGUGACCCUGCUCAUUUUACAACAUUCUACGUGGCUUCCUAUCUCUUUUGUGCUGUUUGGCCCUUCACACGUGCUUGCCGUUACACAGAUCCAGAUAGUCGGUGCAAUUUCUUUUACCACGGGACAUCUCCUGGUAUAUCCAGAAACAGACAGGAUGGCUGUCACGGAGGUUGAGAUUCCUGUCGAGAGCCUCGACAGUAAAGAUGCUGGAACAAAGAUCGAGAUGUUGGAAUCAGCAUCCUCAAGCUCUCAGGACUUGGGGUUCGAUGUUAAAGCAACCAAGAAGCUGAUCAGGAAGAUCGAUUGGACGCUUCUACCUUUCCUGGCGCUUCUCUAUCUUCUCAGCUUCCUCGACCGCACCAAUAUUGGAAACGCCCGACUGGCUGGCCUUGAGAAGGAUCUCGGAAUGGCAGGCUUGGACUACAAUGUGGCUCUAGCAAUCUUCUUUCCAUUCUACGUCCUGGUCGAGCCACUCUCCAAUCUUAUGAUGAAACGGACACGGCCUUCGAUUUGGAUUCCUUCUAUUAUGGUUGCCUGGGGAGUCUGCACAACUCUUAUGGGUCUUGUCCACAACUUCCCGGGGCUUCUUGUUGCUCGUGCUGCUUUGGGCAUUGCAGAGGGAGGCCUAUUUCCCGGAGUGACCUUCUACAUCACAAUGUGGUACAAGCGCCAUGAAUGUGGCCUUAGGAUGGCUGUUUUUUUCUCUGCAGCGACGGCCGCCGGGGCUUUUGGCGGUCUCUUGGCCCGUGGAAUCAUCGAAAUGGAUGGAGUUGGCGGAAAGUCCGGAUGGUCGUGGAUUUUCAUCCUCGAAGGCCUCUUGACACUAAUCAUUGCUAUCAUUGCAUUCUGGACCAUGAAUGACUAUCCUUCCACCGCGAAGUUCCUUACCCCGGAGGAAAGACACGAAGUAUCACGGCGCCUGGAACGUGACCGCAGUUCCCUUGCCGAUGAGUUCAACAUGAAAUACUGCUGGGACGCUCUGAAGGACUGGAAGAUCUGGGUCCAUAUGUUCAUUACCAUCGGCAUCUAUACGCCUUUGUACUCCGUUUCCCUCUUCCUGCCAACAAUCGUCAAGACUUUGGGCUACACAAACGAAACAGCACAGCUCAUGACGGUCCCGCCCUACAUUGUGGCCUGCUUCUGCUGUAUCACCGGAGGCUAUGCCGCCGACAAGCUCAAGACCCGCGGACUCUUUAUGAUUGGAUUCAACUGCGCAGCAUUGCUUGGACUUAUCUUACUCAUUUCUUCCCAGAACCCUCACGUCAAAUACACUGGAUGCUUUUUCUUCGUGGCGGGAAUUUAUCCCAAUGUCCCUCAGGGUGUUGCCUGGAAUGGCAAUAACAUUGGCGGCUCCCUCAAGAGAGCAGUGGGUAUAGCAAUGCACGUGGGUUUUGGCAACCUCGGUGGUGCAGUUUCUGGGUUCAUCUAUCUCAGCUCCGACUCUCCCAAAUUCACAAAGGGCCAUGCCAUCUUGAUCGCGAUGCUCAGUGCAAGCACGUGCCUGCAGGUCUUCAUGACCACUUAUCUCCGGCGCGAAAACGCCCGUCGCGACCGUGAGUACAAACCCUUGGAACAGUACACCGAGCAGGACAAGGCCGCGGAGAGGGAGAAGGGCGAUAACGCUACCUUCUUCCGCUACACCGUUUGAGUGAUUGAUACGUGGGCGAUCUUUUAGGGCGACGGAGUGCGAUUCUAAAUGCGUCCACAGUAGGGCUGAUGAAGCUAGACGGAGGUAUAGACGGCAAAGGUAUGUCGGAAGGGGCUAAACAGCACGGAAUAUAUAGCCACAGUAUUUAUGGACGAUACGUUGGUGACAGGAUUCAAAUUGGUGGCACCACCGCCCUCUGAUUUGCUCCUCUUCUCCUUGUGUUGUCGCACUCCGCGUGCUGAGAUCAGCAAAGAGCCUCUUAUCUACAUGCACGUUUCAACAAGUUAUUGCAAUGCAGAAGAUAGACCAUAAAAUGUCC